AUGGGGAUGGACAAGUGUUGCGCUAACAACGUGGACAACAACAACGUACACAAGGCGGACAUGGUGAUGAAUGGGUUGCACAUCAGUGUGUACGCAUCAGAGACGUUGGGGUGGUGCGGCGGCCAUGUCCACAGACGGUUGAUGAGCAAGAUGCUCGGGCGCAUUGGGGAUUCACCGCCGAUCAAGUUCGGCACAUAUAGAUGCGACGCAUGCGCCGUGUCGUGCACGCUCAAGUGGGACAUGGCCACUUUCAUGGAGUACAAGGGCCUACCCCUGCAGCAGGCCGUCGACUACUAUGUCAGGGCAUGA